UCACUUGGGGGACUGGUCCAACGGCAUUCCACCUCUAGGAUAAAACCUGGGGGACCCAGGGAACUCUGCACACUCCCUCUCGGGCAGGCCUGCUCUCCCAGCUGUGCCUGCGCCCCCGCUGGCCAUGAUGGUUUCCAGAGGCCCCCCAGCCCCAGGUGGGGGCUGUCUCAGGAUCGUCACCCCCUUGCUGCUUCUGGCUUCUGCAGCCGCCCUCCGUGCUGCGGAGAUCGCCACACCCCCAGCCUGCGGGAAGCCCCAGCAGCUGAACCGGAUCGUAGGUGGCGAAGACAGCACCGACGCCCAGUGGCCCUGGGUCGUGAGCCUCCAGAAGAACGGCACCCACCACUGUGCGGGCUCCCUGCUCAGCAGCCGCUGGGUGGUCACAGCUGCUCACUGCUUCAAGGGCAAUCUGAACAAACCAUCUGAGUAUUCUGUGCUGCUGGGGGCCUGGCAGCUGGGGAACCCUGGCCCCAGGUCCCAGGAGGUGGGGAUCGCCUGGGUGCUGUCCCACCCCGUGUACUCCUGGAGAGAGGGCUCCCGUGCCGACAUCGCCCUGGUGCGCCUGGAGCACUCCGUCCGCUUCUCCGAGCGAAUCCUGCCCAUCUGCCUGCCCGACUCCUCCGUCCACCUCCUUCCGAACACGCGCUGCUGGAUUGCGGGCUGGGGGAGCGUCCGCGAUGGGGUGCCCCUGGCCCAUCCCCAGACCCUGCAGAAGCUGGAGGUCCCCAUCAUCGACUCGGAAAUCUGCAGCCGCCUGUACUGGCGAGGAGCCGGCCAGGAAGCCAUCACCGAGGACAUGCUGUGCGCUGGCUACCUGGAGGGGCAGCGAGAUGCCUGUCUGGGUGACUCCGGGGGCCCCCUCAUGUGCCAGGUGGAGGGCACCUGGCUGCUGGCCGGCAUCAUCAGCUGGGGUGAGGGCUGUGCGGAGCGCGACCGGCCCGGCGUCUACAUCAGCCUGGCGGCCCACCGCUCCUGGGUGACGAGGGUCGCACAGGGGGUGCAGCUCCGCGGGCACUCGCAGGGCAGGGGGUCCGCUGGGGGCUCCGCGCCCUAGGGACCUGGGGAGACUGGCGGCCCUCCCGCCGCCGGACGUGCGCCUCCUGCCUCCGGGGGGCGCCCGUGUGCCGCCGCCGCCGCCUCUGCUGCGAGGUCCCGGCCCCCAUCCCGCCUGCGAGAGCGCGCGCGCGCGCGCGCGUGUGUGUGUGUGUGUGUGCGUGUGUGUGUGUGUGAAAGGGUGUAUACGUGCUAAUGAUUUUUACUGUUAUUUGUACCCCCGCCCGCAUAUCUUAUUUAUUCCUCCAAUUUCAAUAAAUUAUUUAUUCCCCC